ACGCGAACUACCAAACCGUACCGGUCGAAAUUGACGAAAUGCGCAGGCCAAGACCGAUGAGGGGUAUGGUUUGGUAAUAAAACCUAAAACAAAAGGGAAUUAAAAUACGUGUCCUCCACUAUAUAACAUGUCUAGAAAGAUCGAUAUCACUUCGCAGCCGCACAGCUGAGCAGAAAACGUUGAUCCAAAUUGAAAGACGACUUUGCGAAUCUUAUCUCAGCCAAGGAGUUAAUUGAUCGCCUUUUAGUGUUACUAUGCCGAAGAACAAGGGAAAGGGAGGAAAAAACAGGAAGAGAGGAAAGAACGAAGCUGACGAUGAGAAGCGGGAGCUUAUUUUCAAGGAAGAUGGACAAGAAUACGCUCAAGUCCUUCGUAUGCUUGGUAAUGGAAGAUGUGAGUGUAUGUGCAUCGAUGGCAAUAAACGUCUCUGCCAUAUCCGUGGUAAGAUGCACAAGAAGGUUUGGAUUGCAGCAGGUGACAUCGUACUUGUUGGUCUGAGAGACUACCAAGAUGACAAAGCUGAUGUCAUCCUUAAGUACAUGUCUGAUGAGGCCAGGCUUCUCAAGGCAUAUGGUGAGCUUCCGGAGAAUACUCGUCUUAACGAAGGAAUUGUUGGUGAUCUCGAAGAGGAUGAUGACAAUCUGGCCGAGGACUAUGUUGAGUUUGAGGACGAGGAUAUCGAUAGGAUCUAAGGUGUUGUUUGGUUUUUAUUUACCUUUUCCGUUUGUAUUUUUAAUUUAAGACGCAUGACUUCUGAGUUUACGAAGAAACUGGUGGUUAUAUAUGUGUUUUGUUCUUGUUGCAUUAGUUUCUUGUCG